UCAUUUCGAAAACUUAUCAUGACAAUAUAAAAACGAAGAUCUCUUUCAAAACUAAUAUAAUAAAGAGAACGUAAGUGUCUUAAGAAAAAUAUAUUUGACAAAUUGACAGUCGUUACAGUAUAGUCAAAAUUGAAGAUAGCUGAUAUUUAAAAUAAACGAAAUUUAAAAUGGCCAGUGGGGACAACCAAAGGGUUCCGAAACACAUGACUUAUACUCAAUCUGGAGUGCCUGUAGUCGGUGCUCUUAUAGAUUAUUUAGUGACUAGCUAUGAAUAUUUCCGACGAAAAACUUUUACCCAAGCUGAGAGGUUACGCGCGGAGGCUUCUAAAGCUAGUUUAUCAGCGACUUUCUUGGCUGGAGUGUGCUUGUUAUUAGGGCUGGUUUGCAAUGUUAAGUUUGAAGUUGUGACAUAUGAUGAAGAACCUUUGCCAAAUGAUCUACAUUUUAUGCUGCUGAGCAGAGAUGAUAAGUUGUACAUAGAUGAUAUUGAUCUUUCCAAAGUCAUGUGGUGCAUUGAAGCGUCUGAUACCCUUGUUAUUCUGAUAAGUAGUUUGCUGAUAUGGAACGCCUCUAAUGUGCGUUCUCCUCUAAGCGAAUAUCUCUUUCUGCCGUGGCUUGGAGCGACUUUACGAGGAUUGUUCCUGAGGCAGGCACCCACAGCUGGCGCUCUUAUAUACACUAUAGCAGUCAUCAAUGGGAAUGUCAAUCCUUUGUUCCUAACAACAUUUUCAUUCCUAUUUCGAAAUAAUGAUCAAACAGUUCAUUCGGCAUCACAAACGACAAGGACACAUUUAUGUGCUACAAAAGACUGGUUCCUCCGAAUUUCUUGGGCAAAUAAAAAGAAAUUUCUACUUGUAUUGAUAGAUGACGUUAAAAAGAUAUGGACUUUGUCGCUGUUGUUGAAGUCUAUUUGGAACUGUCGGCCCAAAGACGCAGUGAUGUCCGUAUGCGAAAAGAAGAUUUGGAGCAGCUACGAUCAGAUACCAAUGGAUCAUGAUCGGACGGCUUUGCCAAAGACCAAGCUGAUGCAAGUCAUGUCGAACGACAGGAGGUGGUUUCAGUCUCUUGAACCCGAAGAUCAAGCUUUGGUUCUAACAGAGCUGUUAACGAUAUCUGGAGGCCCAAUUAUGUGGGAUGUGAUGAAACGAGCCGAGAAAAUUUACCAACAGCAUCAAGAAAUACAGUUACAGAAUCUACAGGAAUGCGAGGUGGUUAUAGAGCCACCUCCCGAAAAGAAAAGCUUACCUGAACCGGUAAAAAAAGAUCAAACACCAAGACGUAAGAGUUCUAUCAGUCAAAGUGCGGAAGCAAAGGCUGUGACGGGUCAAGCUCAAAAAGAGUUGGAAAUUAAUUUAUCACAAUGGGCGUCUACAGUCAAAUCUAUUAAAGAUAGUUUGAAGUUAGAAGAAUUAGAGAUGACUUUCAAGGAUGGAACAAAGAAGAAAGUGUGGAAAGUGAAUCGGCCGAAACCUGAAAUUGUUGAAACUGCCGAUAUGAUCCAAUUACUUCCGUCUUCAAUAAGCAAACGUAUCUUUAUGUAUCUGCCUCAAACUCAACUGGGAGAUUGUGCUAAAGUCAACAAAUAUUGGUCUUUCCUCGUGGAUGAGAUGAAAGCAGAAUUCUCAGCAAGACAGAAAAUAGACAUCGAAUUGGAGAAAUUACGUGACAACAUAAUGCGUCAUGAACCAAAUGUUGAUCUCAUGAGUAAAUCUGAAUUUAACGAGAUGACAACUAUGGACUCAUCGUCAAUGUUCACGAAGACAAAUGAGCGUUCCAAUUUCACAGAAAAAAAUAAGCCUAGCACCCAUUCUUUUGGGGCAAAACGACGAACACAUUCCCAAAAAAAGCCAGGAUAUAUUAAACCUUUUCGAGACUUGACAGAUCUUAAUGAGCGAUUGGAGAGACGGGGCGCUACAGAUGAAAGUUUAUGGAAAUGGUGUUCCAAUGUCAUCAAGAUAAACAAGAAUAAUAUUCGUUUCCAAAAUAACAAACAGUCCGAGGGCUUGUUGACUCUCGAAAAUCCUCAUUUCCCAUCUUGUUUAAUGUCUCAAAAUUUAAAAAUACCUUUGAACCCACCUCUUACUGUGGAUCCUUCUGACAAAAUUCACAUUAAACCAACGUCAAAUAUUACCCAAUCCAAGGAAAUAGAAAUAUUUGAAAAGGAAAAAACUCAACAUUACAGUCUGUGGUCUAAAGAUUUUUCAAGCCUUUAUCCAGUUUGUAAAGUACCCUCACAUCAAGCGCCAUUUUAAAUUGAAGCGAUAUGUUUUUCUAAAAU